UAUUCAAGAAGGUUCUAUGAAUACUAGAGAUUAUGAUGGAUUUAUUGAACAUGUUUUAUUAUUGGUUUUAGAUAAUGCUAUUAUAUAUAAAAGCACACAUUUAGAAGAUAUAUGUAGAGAAAAAGAAGUUAAAUUGGUAUUUUUACCUGCAUAUUCACCUGAUUUUAAUCCUCAAAAUAAAAUUUGGGCUGAAUCAAUGCCUGAUCCUUUAGAAGUUUUAGAUCUUACUU